AAACCAUACAGUUAGUAGUCAAAUAAGAAGCUGCAUUUUCAAAGCUAUAGAAGAACAAGAAUGCAUGAAGACAAUCACACAGAGAGAGAAAGCGGUGGAUGUUGUGCGUGAUAUUGGCCCCACACACUAGAGAAUCAAUCUAAGGCAUGUGUUAAAUACUCAUAUAUUUACCAUGAGUUAUACAUCAAUUUAUCUCCAUUUGCAUUCAUAAUCUCAUGAGGCUAACUAAAAGUUUGAGUCCUCAUAGUUUGUUACUGACACAUUGGACGAACUGUCUGGAAAUUAUAAUUAUAACUGCUCAAACUUUCGGUUCUUGUUAUUUCCCUUUUUCUAUCCAAGAAUAUCAAGCUUCAACCUAGUUCCAUCAUGAGAAUUGUUAUUACCACAAGAAUAAACCAGUUUUUCCUUGAUGUGGGUGCCCAAGAAUCAGUUGUUGAAAUCAAAAGGAAAAUAGAACAAAUCCAUGGUGUUCCAGUGGCUUUACAAAUCCUUACAGUUUCUGGAUGGGAACUAGUAGAUGGAUUAGACAUGGAAGAUUACCCAAUAAUCACUGAAGGCACAAAAAUUGACCUUACAAUCAAACCAGUGGAACCACAUCACAGUAACCAUUAUAACAACAAAAUGCAAAUCGUAGUAAAAUUUUCAGCUAGACGAAUUAACAUAGAGGUGGACCAGACAGAUACUGUUCGUAGCUUGAAGGAAAAAAUUCAUAUCAUUGAUAGCACCUCAAUAAAAAGAAUGACACUUUACUUUUUAGGGACAGAAUUGAAUGACGAUUUUAAAAACCUGAAUGAGUAUGGCAUUCGUGAAUUUUCUGAAAUUAUUGUGUACCUCAAGAACAUGAAUCGGUCAAGAGAAGAACCACCAUCUAGGAAGGUGAGCUUGGUGGUACAAACCUCCUCUAGUUUGCUUAAUGGAGCCACCAUUCCGUUGGAGAUGAGAGAUGCAAACACUGUCAAUGACUUGAAGCAGUUGUUGCUAAGCAGAAAAAUUCUGCCAAUUGAUGACUAUUUGUUUAUACACAGGCAGAGGAUCAUGCGUGAUAGUUGUAGUCUUAGGUGGCAUGGAGUUGAAAAUGGAGACCGUCUCUAUGUGUUUAAAGGCACGGUUAGUCGUGGUGCGUUUGUUUGAGCUUAAAGUUAUCAUAGUAAAAUAAUAAUUAGGGAUUAUUUGUCAUUUUGUUGUUUAGUACAUUGUUUGACACAUUUAGAAUGAAAAGCUGAUGAACAUUCUAAAUGAAAUCUUGUUUGUUUUACAUAUGAAUGAACAUGUUUACAAGAUUUAAUAUCUAUACAGGUGACUCCUCGCAGCUACUUUUAUAAAUUUAUAU